AUGGGCGAGCGUGCGCCUUGGAUCAGAAAGUUCCGCGACGAGUUUGAUGCUUUGACAGAGGCCACCAUGACGGCUCUGCAGAAUGCCAGUUGUGAAUCUAGGGCUGAUGAAAUGGCUAGAACAGUGCCAGCACCCGAUUUUACCACUUUCGAUGGCUUGGGCAUGACAGAUGCUGCAGCAUCAGAGAUGGUCAGAGAAUUAUCGGAAUGGCUUCAGUCAUAG